AUGCCUGGAACUAAUGAAACCCAAAGUCAUUUCCAAGCUGCCAAAGACCAUCUGUGCCAUGCUGCUGAAGCAGCUAAAGAAGCUAUAAAAAGUGGCUACAAUGCGGCUGUUGGGACCGAACGAUCUUUUGAACAGAAAACAGCAGACAAAGUAAAGAGUGGAGCUGACAAAACAGCCGAUAAAAUAGGUGAAGUACGCGAUAAAGCAGGUGAAAAAAUUCACGAAUUAGGCAACAAAAUACAGCAUUAA